AUGCCCUAUCGUCCACAACAUCUCUCUCACGAGAGCAAGUUUACGGCCUUUCUGGCAUGGGCUGCUUUCCCGAAGGCCUCUGCAGUAGGUCACGCCGCGGACACAGACGCUGUCACUUGGUCAUAUGCCAUACAGCUAGUACGUCAAGUGAACUACGGGCCACUGGAGGCGAAGAGAUACUUCGUCUCGGAAGGGGCUAGUGACAACAGUUUCGUUGAAGUUGAUGAAGACGAACUCAUCCGAGCCAACUUCCAGAAACUCAACACUUAUAAGAACUUUAAGUGCGAUGCUCACAACAAGUUCUUCGAGGUCAAUGUCUACCAAAAAGAUCCAGUCAACAAGCAUCACUGGCGAUCGAAUUUGGCGAGACCAGCGCGAGAUAUUGACUUGAAUGCGCAAGAGAGAACCGAGAAGGCGACCAUGCCAUCUAGUCAAAGCCAGCAAACCCAAUUUUAG